UUUUCCUUCUUUUUUACUUCCAUUCUGCUAGCUGUUUCAUUCUUUUUCAUUUUCAUAUUUUUAUUUCAUCCAAACUCAUCACAAAUUACUCAUUAAACAAAUGGUUUAUGCAUUUGUAUAUUUGUUAAAAACAAUGAUUCUCUUAGUUGUUGCUAUUUGUGUUUAGAGAAAACCACCAAAUUUGUUCUUGGCUUUAUAGAACACUCCUAACUGGGAGAUUACAAAUGUUUCAAAAAGGUCUCUCACACCCUCAAAUUGAUAGUCAUUAGUACAAUAUGAGGACCAAAUUGAUAGUAACUUGUUAAAAUAUAGAGACCUGAUUGAUAGUUAGUGGUUAAAUAUAGGGACCAACUUCACAAUUUAACAGAAUCUAUAUCUUUUUUAAAUAUUCAUAAUCUCAUUGAUCUAUUUGAGAGCAACCUGUAAAAUUAGAGACUAAUUUGAUGGUUUACUCUUGUUUUUACGAGGACCAUCACCACAUUCUCUUUAAGUGAUUAAAAGGUCCAACAAAAUCAUGUGGGUCCUGUGUAAAUUUGGUAGAGGGCCAUGUAAAUUUUAAUAAAUACUCCUUCCGGUCCAAUUUUUCAACCACAUGCAUCAACUUUUAUUGACCCGAAUUUCCCUUAUAAAUAGGACCGAAGGAAGUAAAAGAGAAUGUGUUGUUAGUUUUUGUAUUUUCCGAACUUGUGAUGGAUGGUUUUCUGAUAUGUGGAUACAAAUUUUGUACUCCUUGAGUGUCAUGUUAGCAAAAGAAAACUGGAGCAUGAUGUCAGUCGAAAUUAUCGAGACCAGCGAGCAAGAUCAAAUAACUCCUGUGCCAGUAGAAGUUACUACCAAUGAAGAAAUCACUGAAGAGGAAGCAGUGUGCAGGAUAUGUCUUGAUGUGUUCGAUGAAAGAAAUAUCUUUAAAAUGGAAUGCAGUUGCAAAGGUGACCAGAGAUUGGUGCAUGAAGAAUGUUUAAUCAAAUGGUUCAGCACAAAGCGAAACAAGAAAUGUGAUGUAUGCUUGGCAGAGGUUCAGAAUUUACCGGCAAACUUGGUCCAUGAGUGCCGCUCUGUACAACCAAGAAACAUACGAUUAAGUGCUUGGCAAAACUUUGUAGUGCUUGUCCUGAUAAGCACACUAUGGUAUUUUCACUUCAUUGUAGAUCUACUGUAUCGUGAUUUGAAGACUCGAGGUAUCAUUAUAGCAGCAGCAGUUUCCUUUACAUUGAGCCUCCUGGCAUCUGUUUUUGCAUUUUUCCUUGCAAUCAGAGAGUAUAUGUGGCUAUAUGCUCUUCUUGAGUUUGGACUUGUGGAUGCAACCUUCCUACUGUUUUAUACUUUGUUGCAUUUGGCGCCAAUUUAUUCCAUACCACUUUCAUCAGUUGUAGGUUUUGGAAUUGCUAUGGGAAUCAACUAUAUGUAUAUCAAGCAUGUGAAUCGGAGACUUCAGGUCCCUACUAAUGAUAUCCCAGUAUGAAUGAAAGAAAACCCAUUUUCUUUGUAUAUGUUUUCUAAUACGGUAAACAAAUAGUAUAUUUCCUUUUAGUGCUUAGUUGGUAACCAUGUUCAAAUUGGUUGAGUUUGGAUUAUUUUUUUAGAAUAGACUAUUUUCCUUCUUGUUGUAGAAACAAUAGUCAUUAGUUUAUAAUUUCAUAGACUAAGAAAAACUAUGUAUAUUUGGGAUAAGAAAUGCCCCAACAAAUUGUUAUUAUUUUUAGAAUAUACUAUUUUCCUUCA